AUGGCGACCCCAGGUGCUGCAGGGCUGGACCAUGAGUUGGCUUUCUCCAAGAUCAUCAUGGAGCUAUGGAAGAAGCACCCAGGCCACAUCCUGCCGGACGAGGACCUGCAGUGGGUGUUUGUGAACGCAGGUGGGUGGAUGGGCUCCAUGUGAUCGUUCUAUGAUUCUAUGUGCCUCCUGCACGCCUCACUCACUGAGUAUGUGCUGCUCUUCGGGACGGCCGUUGACACUGGGGGCCACUUGGGUCAGUACUGGGCAGAUAUCUCCAACACCAUCAUCUCGGGGACCUUCCGGCAGUGGAAGGAGGGGACCACCAGAAGUGAGAUCUACUAUCCAGGGGGCACCAUUGUGCACCAGGCAGGAGAGGCCACGUUGGUGCUGUGGAGUGCAGGCACCUGGAUGGUGGAGUAUGGCCAGGGCUUCAUCCCCUCCAUGCUUGCCUUCACCCUGGCUGACACCCUGUUCAGCACUCAGGACUUUGUUACCCUCUUUUACACCCUGCACGUCUACGCUAAGGGCCUGCUCCUGGAAGCCAAUGCCUUCUUCAGCACCUUGGGCUGCUGA